AUGAAGGGUCUCGCAUUCCGAAAGCUGUCUAGGACAUCAUCGCACCGUAAUCACCUGCUUCGCAACCUCGUCUCUUCCCUCAUCCAACAUGAACGCAUCUCGACCACAGUAGCAAAGGCCAAAGAAGCGGCUCGCGAGGCGGAGAAGAUCAUCACGCUCGGCAAGCGCGGCACAACACAAGCAGGCUAUGGCGCAAGAGGCUACCUCUUCUCGCAAACAGAGACGCUGCCAAAGCUGCAAGAGCUCGCACAACGAUACGCCAACCGACCGGGCGGAUACACCCGCAUUCACCUGCACGGCAACCGCAAAGGUGACCAUGCUCCACGGGCCAUCCUGGAGUUGGUGGACAACCCGUUCGACUUGCGCAUGCAGAUGACUGCGCGUACGCUGGCCAAGGAGGUGUACGACCACAUCACGAGGCGAGGCGGAGACGAUAUUCUCACAGGACGACAGUUCGACCUGUCGACAAUGGAACAGGACACCCGCUUCAACGGCAUCACACGACAGAACAUCACCAAGGUGGUGCAGUACGGUGGCAUGGAGGCGAGGGAGAAGCUGGUCAGCAUGGCACAGGAUCAUCUGUUGCGGCUCAAAGCGACGGUGGCUGUCGACGGCCCGAGACGGGUCGAUCAGGAGAGGAUGGAGAGCUUUGGUGACAACAAGCCCCGAGGAAGACUCUUGACAAAGCCCGUGGCAGGAAGGAGACCAUUUGCGGGACAAGAGCGAGAGCUUCAGCCAGCACCACUGCCAGGGAAGAGGCGAAACUCAGUCAUUCGCCUCGGAAAGGGCGCCUUUGCAAAGCGUCUCAACUAUCGCAAGGUCACCAUGCCUGUCUCUGCAUCACCAGUAGCAUGA